GAUGUUAUUAGUAGUAAUAUUGUUACUGUAGCAUUAUUGAAGUAAUACAGUCAGCUUUAAAUUCAUUAGAUAUAUUGAACAUGAGGGGGGAUUACAUCAUUUUAUAUAUUUAUAUGGUUCUAUUUAUGUUAUUCAAUGAGAUUAAUGCUAGCGGAAGAACACCAAAGUUUGUAAACGUAGAUGAAGAUGGUAAUCCAAGAGGUGAAACAACAGAUGUUACUGUUAAUGAUUGAUUUACAUAGUAACUAAUUGUACAUACAAAAAAAUCAUCAUCAUCAUCAUCAUAAGAUCCACAUGUUACUCGUCAAUUCAUAAAGUCAAUCAUCCCUUAUUAGAUAAUAGAUGAAGAAAACCUACACAAGAAUUUUGUUAAAAACAAAAAAAAUUUUUUAAAAAUUAAAAAAAAUUUUUUUCUAUUUAAAUUGUAUCCAGGUGAAAGGAAACUAGACUCAUUGAUAAGAUAUUUGAUGCAAAAAAAUAGCACUUGUAUAUUGCACACCUCUCCUUCAUGUUAAUCACACAAACACACAGCUAAUGGUAAACACUUUCAUAAAUGAACACUUAUUGAGUCGAUGUUAGAAUGUGUACAUACUUUACAUACCAUAGAAUAAUCAGAAUUAUUUAGAGUGUACACUGAAGACAAUAAUCAAUUGAUAGUCAGAGAAGGGUUUCUGUGGAUAUUAUAGUAAUUUAAUAGUUGAAUUUAUGAGUCAAUUGAAGCUAGACCUCCAUGGAAAACCUGGAAACACUGGAUGGUCAUUUCGUCAUAUAAUGGGACUCCUGAACAGUGCGCAUCCACGAUGCCACCUCGCGAGAUUAAAACCCAGUACCUAUCUUUCUUGUACGAGAACGCUUAACCACUAGAUCACUGAGUCGGUAAACACAAUGAUGUUUAUGUCAAACUUCAACUAAUCCACGAAAUUGAGCGAUACGUUCAUCAUUGUCUUUAGUGAGUUACCAUCUUCACUGAUCACUGCUUCUCACUAGAACUUCAUGAAAUACCUCUUGAAUCCAGUCACUAAUGAUUAAAUGAUGAUUACAAUCAGAGAAGGGUUUUUGUGGAGAUUGUGGUAAUUUAAUAAUUGAAUACAUGCGUCAAUGAAGCUAGAUCACUAUGGAUCGUGGUUACGCACUGUUGAGGAGUCCGAUACUAGGACGAAACGACCGUUCAGUGCUUCCAGGUUUUCCAUGGUGGUCCAGCUUCAAUUGAUUCAUAUAUUCAACUAUUAAAUUAGGAAAUUG